AUCAUUCUCACUUUAAAAACUUCUCAGUUUGCUCGGAACUCUUUCUUCCCACCAUCCCAUCCACACAUUGGUGACUGCAAGCAGGAUUGCCUGUCUACGAAUGGUUCACUAAAAGAAGUGGUCAGACUGAUUGAUAACAUUGAUGAACUGUGAGCCCCAAGUAUGAAUCAACGAGCAACAAACGAGUCAUCCCACUCCUGGUCUGUAUCCCAGUCCCUUUUCGGGCUGUUGAUACUGAUGGCAUUGCUGAUGAUGAGUCUGAACCUUCAUUGCAUAAAGGAAAAAUCAACCUCAGGAACAGCAGCAAAUUGGAAGAGUUACCUACCUCCAAAGUUUUAUUCCAUGAACGUAAAACGAAAUGAGAAUGAAACAUCUCUUUGGACAGACAGACUGUUGCAAUGUGGCUACCAGAUUCACAGCUUCACCCCUGAAGAAAGGUCAGAGGGGACAUUCCUUAUGAAAAUGAUCGAAUGGCCAAAACCACCCAACUCUGCUGUGCCCUUUCAGAAAAGCAGUGACCCAGCACAUGUCUGCCUUGUAAUUUUAAAUUCUACAAAGACUUUCUACGUUGGGGAUCAGUUACAAGUGAUGCUGCAAAUGAAUGAUUUUGAAGGCCACCCAAAGCAAUAUGGGGGUGACUAUCUCCAAGGCUGGAUCCACACCCCAGAUUUAAAAGCUGGUUCAGCAGGAACCGUUGUAGAUAACCAAAAUGGAUUUUACUAUAUAAAUUUUAAUUUAUCUUGGCCAGGGAAAGUUGAAGUGUCUGUUUUUCUGGUUCAUCCGAGUGAAGGGAUCCAAGCACUUGAAAGGCUACGCAAGGAACGACCAGGGAGAGUGUAUUUUAAAAGUACCUUCAAAUCAGGAGCUACCACCGAGACCACAGUGUGUAAUCUUUGUUUACCUCAAUCCAAAUCACUUUGCAACUUCACUGAUCUCAGGACGGGGGAGCCUUGGUUCUGUUACAAGCCAGAAAAGCUUCCCUGCUCUGCUCGUAUCAAUCAUGCAAUGGGAGGUUAUGAGCAGAAACUCUUAAUGCAGGAAGAAAAACAUUUUUUCCAAAGUGGGGUCAAUGUCAAGAAGUCCAUAUUACCCAGUGGUGCAGCUUAUGUAAUUGUAAAGCCUUCAUCUCACACAGGCACAGGGGUUGGAAAAUGUGUCCCUGGUAAGCCUCUGCUUUCACCAUCUGGAUUUUAUUAUCAGGACCAGUGGAUGUCAUCAAGCUGUAACAUUCAGCGUUUCAACACACCUGCAAGUAUAACAGACUGUCUCCGUGGGAAAAAAGUUUACAUUUUUGGAGAUUCCACUGUACGCCAGUGGUUUGAAUAUUUGACAGGAUUUGUACCAGGUCUGAGGAAGUUUGAUCUCGGCAAUUCUAGAAAAAGCGGCCCUCAUCUCGCUUUGGAUAUAGACAACAAGAUCAAAGUGGAAUAUUAUGCCCACGGCAAACCCAUCCGAAUCUUAGCCAUUUCAAGUCAAGAUCUACCAUUCAUUGCAAAUAAACUGGAUGAGAUUAAAGGAGGAAAGAGCACCAUUAUAGCCUUCACCAUAUGGUGUCAUUUCAACACUUUUCCAGUUGAAACAUACAUCCGAAGGCUCCAGAACAUCCGCAGGUCAAUUCUACGAUUGCUGGACAGGAGUCCAGACACGCUGGUUGUAAUAAAGACUGCCAAUGUCCAGGCCCUUCCACGGGACGUCAGUCUCUACAACAGUGACUGGUAUUCCUAUCAACUAGAUUUAGUGAUGAGAAAGAUGUUUGAGGGCAUCAACGUGGCAUUUGUGGAUGCCUGGGAGAUGACAAUAGCACAUUAUCUGCCACAUGAAUUACAUCCCCAGCAAGUCAUUAUAAAGAAUGAAAUAGAUGUGCUUCUUUCAUAUGUAUGUCCUUCUGAAAAGAGUUAAAUACUGUUUUAGAUUGAACUUGGUCAUUAUGAGAUUCAUAUUACAUUACAGAAUGAAGAGAUUAGCAAUCCUAACUACAAGAUUUCUGGAAGUGCUUUUUAAAUGAAUGUACUAUUUAGUUUUAAAUGUGGAUGCCCUACAGCUGUAAUGUUUUUGAAAUGGAUCCGAGGGCAAAUGUGAAGAAUACUUUGUGGCAAGUGUAGAUUAUUGUUGUUUUUACACUGAGCCAUGAUGCCUGCAGAAAGGGGAUUAUGUGGUUGUAUUUUGUUUCAAUAACUUUUGUGAAGCAUUGACCCCCAUCUUGAUAUAUGUUCACCAUAUAACUCUUUGAUGGGUGUGAACCCAAAAAAAUUAACAAAUGUUUUAGAUACACAAUUAAGGUGGGUGAUGGUGGAAUUUACAAGAAUAGAUUUGCAAACUUUGAUACACUUGUGAAAUGUUGUAAAUUGCAGGAAAGUGUGUGGGUGGCCAAUCCCUUGGCAACCUGCCAAAGGAGUAACUGGAAGGCUAAUUUAAGUAUGACUUGGAGUAUGAUUUGAAGGGUAGCUUAACCCACAGGACUUCUCACCAAAGCUGCUUCUGAAACCAAAGGCUGAAGCGGAGCCCAAAGAUAGUUAAUGGUAAUUUUCAUCACAGCACUCAAUUGCAGUGAUUGAAAAAUGACCUUUCUGCAGUAGGUCCAAUUUUUCUCCUCUUGGGUUUUCCAUCUAACCAAUUGGCUAGUGAUGGUGAAUCAUGACUUGCCAAUAGGAGAGCUACAAUGCUGCACAUGUCUCCAGCAGGUUCAUGAUUCAGCAGGGGACAGGCUUCCUAAUGAUGAGGUUCAGAUGUUGGACCGCUCAGGCGGGGCUCUCCAAUAAUCACCACAGAUAGUGGCCUGGAUCAUCAUUGUGUGCUGAGUCCUGCAAAACCUAACACUACAAUGGUGGGAUGUCUUAGCUAAGGGAGACAUGGAGGACCGAGAUGUCUCCUCCACCAAGGAGGACGGUGAAGGGAAUGGAGCUGAUGAAAGCCAGGAAGGUGUCGUAACACAUGCAGAGGCCAUCUCAGGGUUACAAAGUGGCAGACAGGCCCGUGCCAAUCUGCUAGAUUCCAGGCAGAGUAAGCUGCUGACACAACUUCUUGGUUUUCUAUCCUCUGCUGGCUGGAAGGUCACAGCUCCUUUUUGGUUACGGAUAUGAUACUUUCCUUGAAUGUACCUUGAUUUAUGAUAGCUGAAUUAAAUUACACUAGUUUACUGUC